AUGGCCCUAUACGAGAACCGCACGCUUGCGUCGGCUAUCACUGCGGCUGUGACUGGCAUUCUUGCCGGGUACCCUUUUGACACUCUAAAGACGCGGAUGCAGACACACCACUACUCGUCGCUGCUGACAUGCUUGCGGAAAUCCCUGGCCGAGGAAGGGCUCCUGGGGCUGUAUCGCGGAUUCCUGCCUCCCCUGAUGACGACGUCAGCAGCAAAGUCUCUGUCGUUUUCGGUCUUUGAGGGCACAAAGCAGUGGCUGCGGGACCACGAUCCGCUAAGGGGCAUGCGGUCAAUUGUGCCCGACUUCCAGCGUACGACGCUCGGAUCUGUGGCUCUGACUGCGGCCCUGUCGGGCAGCGUGGCGGGCACCACAAUCGCCGUCAUGUGCUGUCCGCUGGAGCUGGUCAAGAUCCAGAUGCAGCUGGCGAAUCUCCUGAAGAAGGAGAUGGAAGGGGCAGUAAAGCAGACGCUGGGGCUGACAGGCAGGCAGAGCGCGUCGCCGGCCACUCAACAGAUUUUUCUCUUUCUGGUAGUCCGUGACCUGAGCGGGACCGCAAUAUACUUUGCGUCCUACGAGACAGUCAAAGAGACGCUGCGGCGGCUGACGGGAUCCAACCACACCGGGCCGCUCACGCAUAUGCUGGCGGGUGGCACUUGCGGCGUUGUUUCGUGGCUCAUCAUUUUCCCCGUGGACCUGGUCAAGUCCACGAUGCAGUCGCAGAUUUUGAAACCACGCAGCACAUGGGCGUUCCAGAGCUCGUGGCAGUGCGCGCGCGACAUUUAUGCGAAGCUGGGCAUGUCGGGGCUUUACCGCGGCAUUUCGGUCAGCCUGAUCCGAGCAUUCCCACUGCAUGGCCUGAACUUUGUCGUAUACGAGUGGGCGCGGGCGACCAUUUGCAAGCUGGCUGGGCGGCCAGAAUAG